AUGACGAGUGCUGUGGAGUCAGUCUUCCGCGUGAUCGCGUCCUGUACGUCACUUAUGAUGACUCUAAGCCCAACUCCAGCAGUCUUCAAAAUCUACAAGACCAAGUCUAUCGGCAACACUAGCAUCGUCUCGCUCGUCUCUGUUUUCGCAAACUGUCACGUGUGGACGCUGCAGGGUCUGCUCACGAACAAUUGGUUCCCUGUAUUCACUACAUUCGUGUCUGGAGACUUCAUUGCGACUAUUUACGUGAUUGUGUUCCUCCGAUACACAGCUGAUCGCUGGAAAGCUUGGAAAGUCAUCGCAAUCUAUGCGUGCGUACUGUCGAUCAUUACUCUUUAUGCUGUGCUCGGAGGGCUGGGCGUUUUCACGAGUUUGACGCGAAACCAGGUGAACGAUAUCAUGGGCUAUCUCGCCGUGUGUGUGACGUUGGUUCUCUAUAGCUCUCCGUUCUUAAAGAUCAGGGAAGUGGUAAGAUUUAAGACGGGGGUCUUUAUCCCGAUUCACAUGGUGAUCGCUGGAACGAUAAACAAUGCGAUGUGGAUCACAUACACGCCUAUGUCUGGGCUCUGGUUCCUCUUCGUGACCAACGUUUGCUGCGCCACGCUCGGCGUCGCACAGCUCACGGUGUACAUGAUUUACCAUCCAAGAAAGCACCCGCUUGGAUUUGGUGCCACGAUGGAUGAUCUACUCGAGAAAGAAUCAAGUGACAACCUGUCUGUCCGAAUUGACAGGCCAUCGAGCAUUCCUGCAACCAACAAAGUGGCUUCGGAGAGCCCCGCGUAUCAUACGUUAGCAUCUCCGUCAGAAACCACGCGCUGGACUAACUAA